GCUGGUGAUUUUCGAGAAAUUCGUUAACACCGCGAAGAAUAACAAAAAACAAUAACAACGAUUACUAUUUUUAAUUAAAUAUUUAUUUAGAAUCUGGAAGCUAGUGGCCAAAUAAAUUGGGAAAGCUAUCAAUAAAAAAGGAAACAAUUGUUGUGAGCGCGGCUAUUUUGGUUGCAUCGUUUGUGUAUGAUAUCAAAAAUCCAAAAGACUAUUUAAUUUGAGCGAAAUCGAAGGAAAAUAUAUGAAAACCUUAAAAACAAGUGAAGUGAUAUAAUUGAAUAUAUAAAAGAAAAAUAAUAAUGCGAAAAAUGAGAAUAAAGUGUAUAAUAAGAAUAAUUGGAAAUCGCCACUCUGGCGAUCCUGUUUUGCCUUUUGAUUUGAAAUGAAAUACCUACGUAGGUAUAAAGUAAACUGUAUAAUUGCCGGCGGUAUGUAGAAUUGGUGGAAUAACACCUCGAAAAUACUAAAUCAUAAUAUCAUAAGUUGCAAUUAGUGUGAAUUUUAAAAUUGUGAUCAAUAUAAAAACAUAAAAUAAAUAAAUGAUUAUAGGUAUAUACAAAUAUACAUAGUUAUAUGAAAGAGAUAAGGAUUGUUUUGACUAGAUCAAGUCCUUGCAAAACCGAAGACGAGAUGCCUGGUUCGGAAUGUUUUAUUUAACACGUAUAAAGCUCAAUUUUUUUGUCCUUAACGAAAACAUUCGUUUAUAAUCUACCUGUAAACAAUUUUCGAUUUAAAAUCUCUGUGAGCACGUUUUUAUAUUUUAUGCAAAAUAAAGUACAAGCUGAACCUCAGCCACAUUUAUUGUAAACAAUAUAAUACAAAAAAAAAGAAUGAGUAGAAAUAUUUUGACAAAAAAAAAUUAUAUAAGCGGUUACAUAAAUAUAUGCAAAUGCAUCUAAGAAAACAUCUAAAAUUAAACGCAAUAAUUCUGACGUCUAAUCAUCACAACAAAAUUUUUUAUUCGUUUAAAAUCAUUUAAAAAUAAAAAAAUAAUUUAAUCAUACAUUCUAAAAUCGAGCGAGCCGGGCACGAUUUCAAAAUGCCACAUUCAAGUCAUACGCGGCAUAGUGGCUCGUCCGGUGAUGAUUUGGGUAGCACUGAUGAAGUCAAAGUCUUCAAAGACGAGGGAGAAGAUGAGAAAAUAUCAGAAAAUCUUUUAAAAGAAGAUAAAUCUUCGCUGAUAGAUUUGACCGAGAGUGAGGAGAAAAGUGGCCGCGUGACCCGUUCUGAACAUAGUCCUGUAUUUAGUAAAAUCGAACCACAUCCGACAAGUUUUAAUAUGGGAUACCUUGUUUCACCAUACUCAUAUUCAAACGGUAGUGCGGGAAGUCUUGGGAUGGCUAAUAAAAUCGGCUUACCGCCAUUCUUCUGUCACAACGGCGAUCAUUUAGCAAAUCCUCCACCUGCGCAUUGUGGUAUAGCUCCUUACCAAUUGGACCCCAAAGCAAUGGGUUUAUAUACGUUCCCCUCAACGCAGUACCCAUACCCUAUGAUUAGCCCGGAAAUGUCUCAAGUGGCGUCAUGGCAUACACCGUCUGUAUAUUCAGCAGCUUCCAGUUUCAGAGGACCAUAUCCUUCAUCAAUACCAAUGAAUACCACAUUAUCAAGUGAUUUUCCAUUCCGAUUCUCUCCAAGUCUGCUCCCAUCUGUACACACCUCGCCGCACCAUGUGCUUAACACGCAUCCCGCUAUAGUUACAACAGCCAAGCAGGAUUGCAAUAAUCAAGAAUCAUCUUCAACGAAUCAUCGCUUUUCGAGCCAUUGGACAUUCUUGAAAUUAGAAUCCAUCAAAAAGUUAACAGUUUUUGGUAAUUGCUGGCCGGCUAAAGAACUUCAUUAUUUAGCCUAGAAUUGCAAACAGAUACAUGCCUAGAUAUUGCAAGAGACAUAAAAUAUGCAUGCAGG